AUGGCACCUUAUGAGGCUUUGUAUGAGUGCAAGUGUCGGUCUCUAUUUGUUGGGAAGAGUCGGCACAAGAGUUAUGCUGACCUUAAGAGGAAGGAUUUCGAGUUUCAGGUUGGCGACUAUGUGUUUCUUCGGGUUUCGCCUAUGAAGGGCGUUGUGCGUUUUGGUAUUAAGGGGAAGUUAUCACCGAGGUUCGUUGGUCCGUAUGUGAUUACGAAGAGAGUUGGAGCAGUUUCUUAUCGUUUGGCUCUGCCACUAGACAUGUCUUUGGUGCAUCCAGUAAUCCAUGUUUCGAUGUUGCAGAAGUGCGUUUCUGAUCCUUCUCAUGUGAUUGUACCACAAAAUGUUGAGAUUGACCAAGAGUUGUCAUAUGAGGAGCAGCCUAUUGAGAUUGUUGAUACGCAGAGGAGUUCACUUGGGAGACGGAGUCCGACAUAA